CUCUAUUCCAAUUAGAUGAGACAAUUACCCGUGAAUUGUUUCUCUUUCUCUCUCUUUGUCUCUCUCUCUUUUGGAUACAUUUUGUUUGGCUAGGUUUUUGACCUUUAGGAAAAGCAGAACACUUUCCAAAGGAAACCGCCAUGGACAGUGGUGGACCAAAAGUGCUGGAAACAGCAGAAGAGAUCCAGGAGAGGCGCCAAGAGGUGUUGAGCCGAUAUGGGAAGUUCAAGGAACAGGUUGCUGAGAGGGGUCAGAAGCUUGAAGAUUCCUAUCACUACCAAGUUUUCAAACGGGAUGCAGAUGACCUGAAGAAGUGGAUCUUGGAGAAACUCAAAAUUGCAGAAGACAAAAGCUAUGAAGACCCAACUAACAUACAGGGGAAAUAUCAGAAGCAUGAAUCCUUUGAAACAGAGGUACAAGCAAAAUCAAGGGUCAUUCCUGAGCUGGAAGAAAUCAGGAGAGUCCGAUUUACUGAGGGGCAUGUUGCCCAUGAGGACACCAAGGUCCUUCUGGAGGAACUGCACACCCUAUGGAACAGGCUGCUGGAGUGGACUCAGCAGAAGGGCUCCCUGCUGCUGCAGGCCCUGAAGCUCCAGCAGUACUUGCAAGAGUGUGCUGACAUCUUGGAGUGGAUUGGAGACAAGGAGGCUAUAGUGACAUCAGAGGAGCUGGGUGAGGACUGGGAACGCACAGAGGUUUUACAUAAGAAGUUUGAAGAAUUCCAAGCAGAUCUGGAAAUUCGAAGGGGACGAGUGAAUGGAGUGAACCAGUAUGCUGAUGAGUGUGCUGAGGAAAAUCAUCCUAAGCUGCCCCUGAUUCAGUCAAGACGUGAGGAAGUAAAUGAAGCCUGGGAGCGUCUCAAUAGGCUGGCUUCCCAACGACAGAAAUCACUGUCCAGUGUUGCAGACCUCCAGCGAUUCAAAAGGGAUGUGACUGAAGCCAUCCAGUGGAUCAAGGAGAAAGAGCCUCAGCUCACCUCCGAGGACUAUGGCAAAGACCUUUUUACCUCCGAGGCACUGUUUCACAGUCACAAGGGACUCGAGAGGAACCUUGCAGUCAUGGAUGACAAGGUGAAGGAGUUAUGUGCCAAAGCAGACAAGCUGAAGCUUUCCCAUCCUUCAGAUGCAGAUCAGAUCCAGCAGAUGAAAGAGGAUCUGGUCUCCAACUGGGAGCACAUUCGCUCCUUGGCUACCAGAAGAUAUGAAAAGCUGCAGGCUUCUUAUUGGUACCAGCGGUUUUUAUCCGACUAUGAUGAGCUCUCAGGCUGGAUGAAGGAGAAGACUGCUCUGAUCAAUGCCGAUGAGCUGCCCACAGAUGUAGCUGGUGGUGAAGCCCUACUGGACAGACAUCAGCAGCAUAAGCAUGAGAUCGACUCUUAUGAUGACCGAUUUCAAUCUGCUCAUGAGACUGGCCAAGCCCUGCUGGAUGCCAAUCAUGAAGCAUCUGAUGAAGUUAUGGAAAAGAUGAACAUACUUGUUCACACCCGGGCCGCCCUGCUAGAGCUGUGGAACAGACGUCAGCAGCAGUAUGAGCAGUGCCUGAACCUGCAUCUCUUCUACCGUGACAGUGAGCAAGUGGACAGCUGGAUGAGUAGACAAGAGGCCUUCCUGGAAAAUGAGGACCUGGGAAAUUCCUUGGGGAGUGUAGAAGCACUUCUUCAGAAGCAUGAUGACUUUGAGGAAGCCUUUACUGCUCAGGAAGAGAAGAUAACAACCUUAGAUGAGACUGCAACCAAACUGAUUGAUGAUCAUCACUAUGAUUCAAAGAACAUUGCUACUAUCCGGGAUGAGCUGUUGGCCCGACAGGAUGCUUUACGUGAAAGGGCUGCCACUCGACGCAAAUUGCUGGAGGAUUCCUUGCUUCUGCAGCAACUGUAUCAGGACUCAGAUGACCUAAAGAACUGGAUCAACAAGAAGAAAAAGUUGGCAGAUGAUGAAGAUUAUAAGGAUACACAGAACUUGAAGAGCCAGGUUCAAAAGCAGCAAGUCUUUGAAGAGGAAUUAGCAGCUAAUAAGAUCCUACUCGAUAACCUAAAGCAAACUGGCCAGGAGAUGAUAGAGAAUAAUCACUAUGCCUCUGAGCGUGUGGCUGCUCGAUUGAGUGACAUUGACAGCCUCUGGAGGGAGCUGCUGGAGGCUACAGCACAGAAAGGAACCCAGUUGUAUGAAGCUAACAGGCUGCUGCAAUUUGAAAAUAAUGCAGAAGACUUGCAGCGCUGGCUGGAGGAGGUGAAGUGGCAGGCUUUCUCUGAGGAUUACGGGAAAGGCCUGGCAGAUAUACAGAAUCUACGCAGGAAACACCAACUCCUGGAGUCCGCUGUGGCUGCUCGUCAGGAUCAAGUGGACACCCUCAAAGACCUGGCGGCACAUUUUGAAGAAAUAGGCCAUCCCAAUGCUGGGGAAUUACGGGCAAGGCAGGAGUCACUGGUGUCCAGGUUUGAAGAACUGAAGGAGCCGCUGAGCUUCCGGAGGAAUAAACUCAAUGACCAAUUCAUGCUGCUAUGGAUCUGCAGAGACACAGAGGAUGAGGAGGCCUGGAUCCAAGAGACGGAACCCUCAGCGGCUUCCACCUACCUUGGCAAGGACCUUAUUGCCGCCAAGAAAUUUUUGAACAGACACCAAGUCAUCCAGGCAGAUAUUGCCAACCAUGAGCCACGCAUCCGAGAGAUAACAUGGAGGGGAAACAAAAUGGUAGAGGAAGGACACUUUGCAGCAGAAGAUGUGGCUUCUAGGGUCAAGAGUUUGAAUGAGAAUAUGGAAUCUCUCCAGGCUCGAGCUGCUAGACGGCAGAAUGCACUUGAAGCCAAUGUCCAGUUCCAGCAGUACCUAGCUGACCUGCAUGAAGCAGAAGCAUGGAUUAGAGAGAAGGAGCCUAUUGUAGAUAACACUAACUAUGGGGCUGAUGAAGAAGCAGCUGGGGCUCUUCUGAAGAAGCAUGAGGCCUUUCUAGUGGAUCUCAAGGCAUUUGGAAACAGUAUUCAAGCUCUUCGAGAUCAGGCAGAAGCCUGCCAGCAACAACAAGCUGCACCAGUGGAGGCUGAUGCUCGAGAAGAGAGGGUUAUGGCCUUAUACGACUUUGAGGCCCGCAGCCCCCGAGAAGUCACUAUGAAGAAAGAUGAUAUAUUAAUACUGCUCAGUUCCAUCAACGAGGACUGGUGGAAAGUGGAAGCUGAUGACCACCAGGGCUUUGUGCCAGCUAACCAUGUCAGGAAACUUGCCCACGAUGAGUUUCCUAUGCUUCCUCAGCGGAGGCGAGAAGAACCAGAAAACAUCAGCCAACGCCAGGAACAGAUAGAGAACCAGUACCACUCCCUCCUAGAUCGGGCAGAAGAACGCAGACGUCGUCUGUUGCAACGUUACAAUGAGUUUUUGCUGGCCUAUGAGGCAGGAGACAUGCUGGACUGGAUCCGAGAGAAAAAGGCAGAAAACACUGGGGUAGAAUUAGAUGAUGUUUGGGAGCUGCAGAAAAAGUUUGACGAGUUCCAAACGGAUUUGAAAACCAAUGAGCCUCGACUGAGGGAUAUCAACAAGGUGGCUGAUGAUCUUCUAUUCGAAGGGCUUCUGACCCCAGAAGGAACUCAAAUACAGCAGGAGUUGAAUGCCCGCUGGGGGUCUUUGCAGAGGCUUGCAGAGGAGCAGCGCCAGUUGCUGGGCAGUGCCCAUGCUGUCCAGAUGUUUUACAGAGAUGCAGAUGACACAAAGGAGCAGAUAGAGAAGAAGUGCCAGGCCCUCAGUGCUGCUGACCCCGGCUCAGAUCUGUUCAGUGUUCAGGCUCUUCAGCGACAGCAUGAAGGCUUUGAGAGAGACCUCACACCCCUGGGGGAAAAGGUGAACAUAUUGGGGGAGACAGCAAAUCGGCUCAGUGAGUCCCACCCAGAUGCCACUGAUGACCUGCAGAGGCAGCGGUUGGAGUUGAAAGAGGCCUGGGAAGACCUGCUAGGGCAUACAGAGGACCGUAAAGAGAACCUACAGGAGGCCUUAAAAUUCUACCUGUUCCUCAGCCAGGCAAGGGACCUGCAGAAUUGGAUCAGUGGCAUUGGUGGCAUGGUAUCAUCCCAGGAGCUGGCUGAGGAUUUAACUGGCACAGAGAUCUUGAUUGAGCGACACCAGGAACAGCGUGAUGAAAUAGAGGCGGAGGCUCCCACCUUCCAGGUCUUGGAAGACUUUGGUAGAGAUCUUAUAAGCAGUGGGCACCGGGCCAGCCCUGAAAUAGAAGAAAAGCUGCAAACCAUCAGACUAGAGAGAGAUGAGCUGGAAAAAGCUUGGGAACAACGCAAGAAGAUGCUAGAUCAGUGUCUGGAGUUGCAGUUGUUCCGAGUGGACUGUGAUCAGGCUGAGAACUGGAUGGUGGCACGUGAGAAUUACCUGAGUUCAGAUGAUAAGGGUUCCUUAGACAGUCUGGGGGCCCUGAUGAAGAAACGUGAUGAUUUGGACAAAGCCAUCACCACCCAGGACAAGAAGAUCACUGAACUAGAACUUUUUGCUGAACGGCUUAUAGCUGAUGACCACUAUGCCCAGGAAGAGAUUGCUGUUCGGCUCCAACGGAUAUUGGACAGAUGGAAGGCUCUCAAAGCACAACUUAUUGCUGAACGAACAAAACUUGGAGACUCUGCUGACCUAAAACAAUUCUACCGUGAUCUUGAGGACCUAAAUGAAUGGAUCAGUGAGAUGCUGCCCACAGCCUGUGAUGAAUCCUACAAAGACACCACCAACAUUCAGCAGAGAAAAUACCUGAAGCACAAAACCUUUGAAAAUGAUGUCCAUGGCCGAACCGAAGAGGUGGAAGGAGUUAUCAACUUGGGGAAUGCGCUGGUUGAGCGGAGGGCAUGUGAUGGCAAUGAAGAGACUGUGAAGGGUCAAGUGGAAGAGUUGGAGAAAGAGUGGAACUACUUGCUUGAGAGAACAGCUGACAAAGGACAGAAGCUCAACGAAGCUAGUCGCCAACAGAGGUUCAACACAGGCAUCCGGGACUUUGAGUUCUGGCUCUCAGAGGCAGAGACACUGCUGUCCAUGAAAGACCAGGCCAGGGAUUUGGCUUCAGCAGGAAACUUGCUCAAGAAGCAUCAGCUGUUGGAAACAGAGAUGCUGGCCCGAAAGGAUGCACUCAAGGACCUGGAUACGUUGGCGACAGAUCUGAUCUCCAGUGGAACUUUCAAUACUGAACAGAUUGUGGAGAAAAGAGAUAAUGUCAAUAAGCGCUUCCUGAAUGUUGAGCAAUUGUCAGCUGAACACCAUGAGAAAUUGAAAGAGGACUAUGCCUUGUUCCAGUUUUUCCAGGACCUAGACAAUGAAGAAUUCUGGAUAGAGGAGAAGUUGGUGCAAGUGAGAUCCCAGGACUAUGGGAGGGAUCUACAUGGGGUUCAGAACUUACUGAAGAAGCACAAACGCCUAGAAGGGGAGUUGGUGGCACAUGAACCUGCCAUCCAGAAUGUGCUGGACAUGGCAGCGACGCUGGGAGAUAAGACCACUGUGGGGCGAGAGGCGAUCCAGGAGAGGCUGGAUCAGUUUGUUCAGCACUGGGAGCAGCUCAAGGAGCUGACCAAGGAUCGAGGGUUUCAGUUGGGUGAGUCCCUAGAAUACUUGGAAUUCAUGGAGAAUGCUGAGGAGGAGGAAGCUUGGCUCAGUGAACAGGAAACUAUGGUUGCCCAAGGGGAUUCUGGAGACUCUUUGGCUACUACUCAGAGCUUGCUAAAGAAGCUGGAAGCUUUGGAGAAUGACUUUGCUGCCCACGAGAUCCAAGUGCAAAAUGUGUGUGCUCAAGGAAGAGACAUCCUGAGUAAGGAGGAAAGUCAGCACAAGGAAGAGAUUGCUACCAAGAUAGAGGCUUUGAAUGAAAAAACUCCUUCUUUGGCCAAGGCAAUUGCUGCUUGGAAGUCACGAUUGGAAGAUGAUCAUUCCUUUCAGCAGUUCAACUGGAAGGCUGAUGUAGUUGAGACCUGGAUCGCUGAGAAAGAAACAAGCCUGAAGACCAAUGGCAAUGGUGCAGACCUCGCUGCCUUCCUCACUCUCCUGGCAAAGCAGGACACACUGGAUGCUACUCUGCAGAGCUUCCAGCAAGAGAGACUGUCUGAGAUAACUGACCUGAAGGACCAACUGGUGACAGCUGAGCACAACCAGACCAAAGCCAUUGAGGAGCGCCAUGCUGCCCUGCUGAGGCGCUGGGAGCAGCUACUGGAAGCCUCUGAAGCCCACAGACAGAAAUUGCUGGAGAAACAACUACCCCUACAGAAGGCUGAGGAUCUAUUCAUGGAAUUUGCACACAAGGCUUCAGCUUUCAACAACUGGUGUGAGAAUGUGGAGGAGGACCUGUCAGAGCCUGUGCACUGUGUCUCCCUGGAUGCAAUCCGGCAGCUGCAGAAGGACCACGAGGCCUUCUUGUCCUCCUUGGCAAGGGCCCAAUCAGACUUCAACUAUUUGCUAGAGCUUGACCAGCAAAUUAAGGCCUUAAAUGUGCCUUCCAGCCCCUACACCUGGUUAACAGUGGAGGUUCUAGAAAGGAUCUGGAAGCACCUAUCUGACAUCAUCAAGGAAAGGGAGCAGGAACUGGAGAAGGAAGAGGCAAGACAGGUCAAGAACUUUGAGAUGUGCCAGGAAUUUGAGCAGAAUGCCAGUGCCUUCCUUAAUUGGAUCUUGGAGACCAGGGCUUAUUUUCUGGAUGGAUCUUUGCUGAAAGAAACAGGUACUCUGGAAUCCCAGCUGGAAGCAAAUAAAAGGAAGCAGAAGGAGAUCCAGGCAAUGAAGCGUCAGCUGACCAAGAUUGAGGACUUGGGAGAAAAAUUAGAAGAAGCUCUGGUCCUGGACAUUAAGUUCAGCACUAUUGGGCUGGCUCAGCAGUGGGACCAGCUCUUCCAGCUUGGGGUGCGAAGGCAGCACAAUCUGGAACAACAGAUCCAAAUCAGAGACACCCCCGGUGUGAGUGAGGAGACACUAGAGGAGUUUAAAACGACCUAUAGACACUUUGAUGAGAAUUUGACAGGUCGCUUGAGUCACAAAGAUUUCCGGUCCUGCCUGAGAGGGCUCAACUACUACUUGCCCAUGGUGGAAGAGGGUGAAUCUGAACCCAAGUUUGAGAAAUUCCUGGAUGCUGUUGAUCCAGGGAGGAAGGGCUAUGUCACUCAAGAGGACUAUACCUACUUCCUGAUUGACAAGGAGUCAGAGAACAUCAAGUCCAGUGAUGAAAUAGAGAAUUCAUUCCAAGCCCUGGCAGAGGGCAAAGCCUAUAUCACCAAAGAGGACAUGAAGCAGGCCCUAACUCCAGAACAAGUGUCAUUCUGUGCCUCGCAUAUGCAACAAUAUGUGGAUCCACGGGGCCGAAGCCACCCUGCUGGCUAUGAUUAUGUUGGUUUUAUCAAUUCCUAUUUUGGCAACUGAUAAGCAGCUUUUUCAGGGUCACAGAGAAUCUUGGUGUUGUGGGAAGUAUUGGGCAAAUAUGGAGGGUGGGAAGAUAGAGGGGUGUGUGUGUGUGUGUGUGUGUGUAUUACAUUUAUUGAAGGACCUGAAAAAAAAAAACCUCAAGCUUAGUAGAUAAAGGCAUUCACAAAAUUGGAGGAGAGGAAGCCAUGGGUUUAUUUUAUAUGCAGCUAGUCACUGCUGAGGGGUAUUAAGCAAGGUCUCUAUUUUUUAUUUGCUGGGUUCUAUAUACCUUUAUUAUUUGGUUUUGUAGAAUAUAGAAUAAUGUAUUUAUAGAAU